AGUGCUGAGCCUACGGGAGCCCAGUUGGUUCGGCCCGGUUUUCCCAGCGUUUCGUCGACGUUGUCUGUGUGACGUGUUUAUUGUCUUGCUUCGUGAAACCGAUGUGAAAUAGUUCCCAUUCAUGGGUCAUCACAGCCAGUUAUGAGGUACAGUUACUACAAUAAAUAGCAGUCAUUUGCAUCGGUGUAAUCCGGCCCCCAAAAGUACACACAGCAUUGGAAACAUGGAAUAGUGAUUUGUAUGAGCAGUUGUAAACUCAUUCCCGAACCGGAUCGUGUCGCGCAGUGUAAAUUCGAUGCAUUUCAUUGUUCAUUGGCUGCCUGCCGCUCUCGAGUCGUUUGUUUUCGGAACCCGUUGAAGUGUCCGUUCGUUCGCGAGCUUCAGCUUCAGAUAGCCGUUCCAACCUGCGCUGACAAUUGCUACGAAUCACGACAGCCCCCCUGAGCCAACCGAGUUGGAUAGAGUUGCUUUGGUAUUCUAGGCACAGGCCCCAGUCGAGCCACUCGAUCGAUCCGACCGACCGACCGACCAGCCGACCUGCAUCUCAGUGAGGCUCAGCAGCAGCGUUAGUCUCUUCCAGUGCUUCUCGGCGUGAACAUCGACAGCCCGCCGUCUGAAACGGCUCACGCGAUUUUUUUAACGCCACCCCUGAAUAUCGCCAAAGAUCUUCCCGUUUCCGUUUCGUGAGUGUGGGAAUAACCGAAAGAAAAGUGUUCAUUGCGCAAGAGCGCAAUUAGAGAUGUUAGAGCUACAUUCAAUUGUAUGUAGUCAAGUAGUGAAGUGAUUUGGUGCGGAGUGAUUUGUUCUCUAUUCCGUGGGCUGUGCCCAAGGUGCGGGAUAUAGUGAAAGAGAUUCGUAAUUAGACGAAGACCUGGCAGUGUGGUGACCUAAUGUUUUGAAGCACUAGUCGUUUGAAUGCCAUUCGAAGCCACGUGGUGAAUCAUACCGGUAACGAGAAACAAGAAAAAUCACCACAACAACAAAAAAAUAGUGUCAAAAAUGAGUGUUGACAGUUUACUGCGAGUCUGGUUGCUACUGGUUGGCACACUAUCCGUGGCACUCCGACCUGUGACCUGCAAUGACAACCUGCGGGUUGCCUACCAGUGGAACCAGAUCGAUUUUGAUUUCCCCAGCGAGACGGAGCGGGCCGCUGCCGUCAACUCGGGGGAUUACGUCGCGGAAAACGUGAUUCCAGUAGGACUGGAAGUGUACAAAAAACGACUGUUUCUGACGCUGCCGCGGUGGAAAACUGGAAUACCCGCUUCACUGGCUUACAUCAACAUUAACGAAACAAACACCCAGUCACCAAAACUGAAACCCUACCCUAGCUGGAAUGCGCAUCGCCAGUUGGGUGACGAGGAAGCACCGGAAAUUGUGUCCCCCUUCCGAAUACGGGCCGACCGUUGCGGUCGUCUGUGGGUACUGGACACCGGAGUCGCCGACAUUCUCGGAGAUCUGAAGGUUCAAGCGCCCACCUCGCUGCUGGUUUAUGACUUGCACAAUGACAACCUUCUCCGGCGGUACAAAUUUCCCAAAGAUCACAUCAAAGAGAGUUCCUUCUACGCGAACAUUGCCGUCGAGGAUACGGACUGUGACGAUACCUAUGCCUAUGCCGCAGAUCUCGGAGCGCCCGGUCUCGUGGUGUAUUCCUGGAAACUGCAGGAAUCGUGGCGUGUUCAGCACCAUUUCUUCCAUCCGGAUCCGCUGGCCGGUAACUACACAAUCACCGGAAUCUCGUUCCAGUGGGAUGAUGGUCUGUUCGGGAUUGCACUGUCACGACCGCAGAAUGACAACUUUUCCACCCUGUACUUCCACCCGCUAAGUUCGACAAAUGAGUUUGCCGUGUCCACCAGAAUACUGCGAAAUCAAACAUUGGCCACAUCGGAUAAAAUCUACCGUGAGUUUAAAGUGCUGGGAUCGCGAGGUCCCAACGGGCAAGCUGGCGUUGCAUUUCUCGAUCGGAAAACCGGAGUAAUCUUCUACGCUCUUCCGAAUUUGAAUGCCGUGACGUGCUGGAAAACAUCCAACCGAGCAUACACCAUCAAAUCGCUCGGUCGGGUGUACAUGAGUGCUACCGACAUGGUAUUUCCCAACGACGUAAAGGUCGAUGACGAAAGUAACCUGUGGGUUCUGUCCGAUCGGAUGCAUCAGUUUAUGUACUUCAAGCUGGACCCGAAGGACACCAACUUCCGCAUCUUGACGGCAACGGUGAAGGAUGCCAUCGAAAAUACUGCCUGUGAUACAAAGAUCAAACCAUUACCGGAUAUCAUCACCAACCUGGGUGACAUUCUGCGGCCUUCGACUUCCACCGUUUCACCUAAAACUAAAUCCGCAGCAUCGGUGAUGCUAAUUUCCCACGUUGUUCUGAUAGCUGCAACCCUGGUCCAGUUGUUGUUGCUGUAAGCAGACGGUGAUAAUCGUCCAAGCGGGUAGUGGUGCUCAAAAAGAAAAUUAAAUGGUUCUGCAAAAACAUUCCGAAUUCCGUCACACGACUAUCUGUUAAUACUUUCAUUACACUUUAUAAUCAUACCCUAUCAAUCAAUUCUAGUGAGCACUGCUAAAAGUACGGGAAACAGAACACAGGAAAUCACUCGAAAUCAGUCACAUAGGUUUAAGUUUUUGAAGGCUCCAAGUUGUGCUACUUCAGGAUCGUAGGCUAAGCAAAAGACAGACAGCUUUUGUAAAUUAUUAAUUCGAGAUUAAGAGAGGUACAACGUUAACUAGAGUGAAGCGUUUGCGUGGCAGGAUUACCAGAAGAGUCAUAAGUGUUGAAUAAUCAGUAUUGGAAACGAACAAUCACAGUCGUGUUUUAAAACUAUUGUCAAUUGUACGAUUUUAACUAUACAUUUAGAUUGCCACAAUAUAAAUGUUUUAGUUUUUAGUCAAUUUUUUUGUGAGCGGUUUUUUAUUCAACCAUGUCACUUGUACACUAUCGCAACAUACGUCACUAACGAAACGUAUACAAACACUGAAGAAGAUCAUCUUCGGCAUGAAGUGAUGUAAAUAAUGAUGUUUUACUAGUUACAAGCUUGAAUGAAACGAAAAAACCCAAAAAAAAAAAAAUGAAAAAAAGAUUGCACAGAUAAAAGAAUUUCUGCAGAUUUUUAGAACAAAUAUUACCUAGCUUUAAAUGUAAGUGUUACAGACAGCAGUUCUAAUCAGCUCUGAACUGCAUGUGAUUGACAAAAAUAAUGGUACAUGCUUUCGUCAUAACAAGAUGCAGUAGUAUUGGUACACCCAGCACCUUCAGCAGCCAGAUGCUUUCUGUGUACGAAUUUAACCGUCCAAGUGUCAUAUUCGCCUUUUCAGUCAGUCAUUAAUCGAAGUGAAAUAUAUUUGUUGCGUGGUACAGUA